AUGGCUAAUGAGAAUAAAGAGAUAGGUGACAUCGUGAAGAAAUGCAAAAUUUUACUCCUGGACAUCGAGGGGACAACAACAUCUUUGAGCUUUGUUAAGGAUAAGUUGUUUCCGUAUGCUGAGGAAAAUGUGAAGCAGUUUCUGGAGAAUCACUGGGAAACCACCGACGUGAAAGAAGCAGUAACUGCGUUGCGGAAGUUGGCUCUUGAAGAUGAGAAAAAGAGUCUUGAAGGGCUAGUUGCAAUUCCUGGAGAGGAUGCAUCAAAGGAAGACCAAAUAGAGGGUCUAGUGAGCAACGUUAAGUGGCAGAUGUCGUCUGAUCGUAAAGCGGGCCCCCUCAAACAUUUACAGGGACUGAUUUGGAAACAAGGUUUUGAUAAAGGGGAUAUAAAGGGACAUGUAUACGAUGACGUGUCCGCAGCUCUUGAACUAUGGCAUGGUGUUGAGGGCCAGAAAGUUUAUAUUUACUCAUCUGGCUCAGUUCAAGCACAGAAGCUACUCUUUGAGAAAUCUCUUGCUGGAGAUCUCCUUCCAUAUAUAGAUGGGCAUUUUGAUACAUCAGUUGGAGCUAAGCAAGAGGCCAAAAGUUAUACAUCAAUUAUUGAAAAGAUUGGUUGCAAAGCCGAGGAGAUUUUAUUUCUCACUGAUAUUCCCAAAGAGGCGGAGGCAGCUCGCAGCGCGGGCUUGCACGCGGCCCUAGUCAGCCGUGAGGGCAACGCCCCGCUCGCCGCCGCCGCGACCGACGCCUUCGCUGUCAUACACUCGUUCGCCCAGCUCGCAGUCUCCUACAAACGCAAAACUGAACCCCAGGAUGAGCAGCCUGCUAAAGUUCCUAAGACUGAUGCGAGUAACAACAGUAAGGAUGCAGUAGAAGCAGAAACGACGAAACAAAAAUCUUCCGAAGCUCCGGCGGUAGAAAACAAAAAAGAAGAACUUCAAAAAAUGGAAGUUGAUGAAGAUAGUGCACCAGUUAAAAAAGAUAGUAUAGACGUAAAAUCAAUGGAUGACGAACCUGCGGUUGUUGUUGAAGAAGUAACAGACUCUAUCGAAAUAGAUGCACCAAUCUCUGAUGCAAAACCCAUUGUAACUGAAGUUAGUGAUAAACCAGAAGAGACGGAAAAAAUGGAAACAGAUGUCACUGAGACAUCUCAACCCGCUAAAGAAGAAUCGUCCAAAGAUAAGACGCCAGAACCUGCAAAAUCAACAGAAAAAGAAACGACUGAAAAAGGAGAAACCGAUAAAAAGACUGAAACAGAAAAAGUAGAUGUGCCAAAAGAGUCUUCUGUAUUAGAAGAGAAACCGAUAGAAGAGAAGGCACAAAUUGCUGAAAAAACUCCGCCUGCUGUUAUUACUGAAAUUGAAGAAAUAACUGGAGACAAAGAAAAUUUGGCAGAGAUGGCAGAAAUUGCUGAUAUAGAACCAGUUGUUGAAGAGCCAACUUCAGGUGAAGUCAUGGAAGACUUACAAAACGUAGGCCAGGAAUUAGAAAAGGAAUGUGCCGAUAUUUUAACAAAAGUACAAAAUGUAACGAAUCUAGACGGUAUUCCGGUAAAACAAUCUUUGAAACCUAUUGUAGAGGAGUCGGCAGAUUCGGACAACGAACCUUUACUGUCAGAAAAUAUAUUAGAAAAAGAAUUAGAAAUCGAAAUGAAACGAUGUGAAGAAAUUGCCCAUAUCAUGUCAGUAAGCUUAAACAACCCAACAAGACGAUUGAAAAGGAAAGCUAAAGGAGACAAAAGGGAGCAUGCGAAAGAUAAAGUUGAAGCUACUAAAGAGAAGUCAGAUUCCACUAAAGAGAUGUCGGAUUCCACUAAAGAGAUGUCGGAUUCCACAAAAGAGAUGUCGGAUUCCACAAAAGAAAAAGCGGAACCUGCUGUCGAAAAAGCGGAAUCAUAUGACCAGCUGCCGUCAGAUGAUACGAAACCCGAUAAGGAUAAAAUAGAAGCUGAUAAGGAAAAGCCAGCACCCGUUAAAGAGACCGUCAAAACAUCUGAAGAAAAACCAGAGGAGACUAGGACUACUGAAACAAAGACUGCGGAGGAGAAAGUAGAAGAGAGUAACGUAAAAAUAGAAAUAACACCAGAAGAAACGGCAGCAGAAAGUAGUUCAAAAGAUACUGAAACAGCAAUGGAAAAAGAUGAGCAAAUACAAACAUCCACUGCCGAAGAAAGUAAGGACUCUCCGAAAGAAGAUAAACCUACUAGCGCUACAGAAACAAAAGAAGAGACGAACACGGAAGAAAAACCUAAGGAGAAUAGCGAACAAGUGAAUGGUAAAACGAAUGGUGAUACAGAAGUGGUUCAAAAUGGCGACGCUAGCAACGAUGACUUAAGUACACGGCUUUCUGUUGAGAACGGGAAAGAGUGUCAACGGAUGAGCCGCGUACUGAACCCGUGGAGCAGCCUACUGAAGCAUAAGACUUGUGUGUACGGCAAAAUAUAUGUUGGAGUC